UUGUAACGAUCGGGCUGUUUGCGUGAAAUUUGAAAGUGCUGCGGUGUCCUGUGGUUCCAGGCGUGCGUUUGUGACAGCUUCUGUCGAAAAGCGGUCCUGUGCGGCGCGAAGAGAAACUGUCUUCAAGCCGCAGCUUGCUGGUCAACUCUGCGCCAUGGUCGAAACGUCCAAACCGUCCGUCGACCUGUCCACCAAGUCGGUGCUGCUGGCGGCAACGGACGAAAACAUGAACCUCUACGAAAACCGCCUGGCUAGUUUCGAGAGUUGGCCGCUGACUGGCGACUGCGUCUGCACGCCAGCGAGGAUGGCAGCGGCUGGUUUUUACCACUGCCCCACGGAGAACGAACCAGAUCUGGCACGCUGUUACGUGUGCUUUAAGGAGCUGGACGGCUGGGAACCGAGCGACGACCCAGCCAAAGAGCACUCGCGCUCUGUGGACUGCGCUUUGGUUCGCUUGGGCAAAAAAAGUGAAGACAUGACAGCGCUGGACUUUCUCGGCCUCGAGAAGGCCCGCGCAAAGAACCGAGCCCGCAAAUUUCUCGAGCUAGCCGAGGCCGAAAUGGGAGAGGCCAUGCGCAAAGUCAAAUACGAACUGGACAAGGUGCGGAGGAAGAAGCGUUGACGGCCCGCCUGUGUGCUACGAGGCGUUCGCUGCUGUGUGCUCUUUCGAACUGUGUGAAACGAAGUCUUUUGAACUAAACUCUCUUUGUAUAUUCUU